GUGACGUCUGCGGGAGAGGUGUUUGAAGGUAUGACUCAGGAAUUCAACACUAAAAAAAAAAUCCUGCUCGACUUGAUUGGUGAUCACCAGCUCGCAUAUAUUGGAGUAGCCAGAGGCAUACAACCCCAGACGCUUUACAUCUCUUCAAGAGUCGACUUGGUCAAACAUACACACUCUGAACUGGACUGAACAGAUUGUUGUGUGUAUCAAAGAAAGUUUUUUUCUUUUUCUUUUAAAGAUUCAUUCAAAGAUGUCUAUUUUACCCGAUGAGGCGGACUUUGCUGACUUCAGAAAGCAGUGUUUAUCAACGGACAAUUGGUUCAGCAAGUAUGAUAAGAAUGGGAUGCAAGUGUUGGUCGAAGCUUCUCCUACAAAUAAAGGGAAUCCCGUACCAAAAGUCCACAAGAUCAAGUGUAAAAUGACAAUCAACGAUGUAUCAGCUGCCACCAUGUACGACGUCCUUCAUGAUGGCCAGUACCGUAAGACGUGGGACCCCGCCAUGUUGGACAGCUUUGACAUUGCCCGGCUCUCUGCGAAUGCUGAUGUGGGCUACUACUCAUGGAUUUGUCCACAGCCUAUAAAGAACAGAGAUGUGGUGACUCUGCGAUCGUGGCAGGUGACAGAGGACGAGUACAUCAUCUUUAACUUCUCAGUCAAACACCUGAAAUACCCUCCUCGCAAGGACCUGGUGAGGGCCAUUUCCAUCCUCACUGGAUAUUUGAUCAAGCCCACAGGACCAAACAGCUGCACUUUCAUAUACCUUUCACAAGCUGACCCCAAAGGUUCUCUUCCAAAGUGGGUGGUGAACCAAGGUUCUCAAGUUCUUGCUCCACGGGUGAUGAAAUGCGUACACAAGGCGGGACAGAUGUAUCCGGAGUGGAAACGGCAGAACUCUCCCGACCGGAAGCCGUGGUUGUACCCAGAGCAGAACAUCUUGCCCAUGAUGGACCCCAGCGAACUGUCGAUACAGAGAGCCGACUCGCUAGAAAACAUGGAUGAGAGUUCCAAGGUGGCCGCUGUAGACAACCAGGACAGCAGUUAAAUCCCAUCAAGGUGAUGGGAAGGAUAGUAAAGAGGGAGAGAUUGGAGGAUGGACUGUAUAUACUCAUAAACUGAAUAAGACUUGAGACCUGCGACUCUCUGAGACGUCACCCUAAUGCUCUUGAAUAUUUAUCCUUGUGUCUUUUGGGAUGAGCAAGAGCAUGACGUGUUUACAGCUGUCUUACCAGACAGAAAUGAGCACAGAUCAAAUUGCCAUUCACCUCAGUCCAAGUUAAACUAAGCUUAACAUCUCUCCAGUGUUUGCCGCCAGGCUUUUAAAACUCUUAUUUUUUAUUUUUACAAUGUACAGGCUUAGAGUUAUCAGUGUUUGAAUGUGUCAUAGUGAAAGCACUACAUUUACAAUGGGUAGCUUGGUUACGCAAAAUAGAUAGAAAUUAAGCAUAGUUGUCCAUUUUGCCUUUACAAGUGACUGAAUGGAAAAUAGAUGAGUUACUGUCAGUUGUGAAAAGUAAAGUGAAGGGAAAUUAUUUUUUUCUAAAUUGAAUGAACACUUUCAUUUUUUUGUCUUUUUAUAUUUACUUUAACAGGUGUUUUUUUUUUUUUUAAUGCAAAAAAAAAAACUGAAUUGCUUUUAUUGCUUACCAUUAGUUUAUUUAAUUAAGUCAUUAGUGGGCAAUUAGUGAACAGGAAGCUGGUUUAAAGGUUCAUUGUAUUUAACAUGUUGUGCAAUCAAAGCUUUAUGCAAUGUAAAAUGUAAUUCUUAUUCUAAGUUAUACAGACCCUAGCCUUGCAUUGGCACUCAAGGAGGGGAUCUGUUGUUGAUCUGAGAAUUACAAUCUUGUUAGACUGUAUUAACAUGUAAAAUGUACAUAGCAAGUUAGCAUUUUGUCAUAUGAAUCACUUUACCUAAAGGAUAUAUUUUAUUUAUUUGAAGUUUCUGUUUGAAGUCAUGUUUGAGAAAAGACCCUGGAAUGAAGCCCUGCAGGCUGAGCUUGUUAAGUUUUUUUUUUUUUUUCAUAAGAUAUUUGACGUUAUGUUACCUUGUCGACUUUUUUUUCUCCUUUUUUUUUUUUUUUUAAAUAAACCUCACAAGGUUUAUGUGCUUUUGUAAUGACUGUUGACUGCAUUCUUUUUUAAGAUUUGUCUCAAGACAAACCAAACAAACAAGUUGAACAAGUUUAGCUACUUGAACCAGAGCAAACUGGUCUAUUUCCAGCUGGUUAAGGCUCUUCAAGUAUAAAGACAUGGUUACUAUGGUUCAAAAGUUUAUUAGUGUACAAAAGAAUAGAACAGUGUUGAGAUGCAACAGGCAGGUAUUUGCAUACAAACAAAGGGAUUUACUGCAGUAACAGCCCAGAGGUAUUCAACUGUUUUCUGUAAAUGUUAAAAAGCUUGUAUCUGCUAAAUUUUACUGACUUAACUUACUUUACUUAAGACAGACAGACACGGGUCUCUACUGCACACAGAUAAACAUAUUACAGGCUUUACCAUUACACUAAGAGCUAGGGCACAGUGUGCCGUUAUCGUGCACUGUAAUAGCAUGUUAGAAGUUAUACUUGUCAACAGUUUGGUACCUAAAAUAUACACUUCAUACAAUAAUUAAAAUAUUCAGCCUAGAAGCAGGUUAUGUAAAGCGUAUGAUGUAUGAAACAUGAACAAGAUUUGAGUAUUCAGUAUUUAAUAAACACUCAGCCCACAAUUGCUGUCUCUAAACUAUAUU